AUGGUACGCCAACCAAAGAAACUUACGGGCUGUCCGGAGAAUCUCCGGGAGUCCAUCGACUGGCUAAUCCAGGUUAAGAAUGGGAAUGGUGAUAACAAAGGUCUUGAGAAAUUGGCUGAAGCUUUGAAAAAGUUGAUUGGUGAUGCUAUCAGAAAUUCUAGCGAGAGUCUUGAAAAUAGGCGUAAAGAACUCGAGGAUGUUGUUAAAUCUAAUCCAACUAAAAAUAACGAUUUAGAGGAAAUUGAUGCCCGCCGUAUCUCUCUUGGUCAGCUCGCUGGACAGCUGGGUGGAUUUAUUGGCGGCGGACAGGAAGUUAAAGAUGCAAUUUUGUAUGGUUUGCACAGCAAUGUAACUCAGCUUGAAAAGCUUUUGAAUGCAUCUUGCGGAGGUAAGGGGUGUUGUGGGACUGAUAAAAUUACGCUGAAUACAUAUAAUGAGAGCCUUAAAAAAUAUCUUGGAGUGGAACCUUUAACCUCUGAAAACCUUGAUAAAAUGCUUCCUGAUGGCAUUUUAAAAGGUCUUAUUGAUUGCUUACGUCUGCUUAAGGGUAAAAUUCAGCAAAAAAUUGAGAGCCUUAAAAAUGAUAUUGAAAAGCUUAAAGAUGCUGGUCAAAGCCCUAAAAAUGCCUCUCAAAUUGACAAACUUAAUAAGGAUGUUCAGUCUCAUAAUGCUUCCAUGAAGUCUCUUGAUACACUGAGUGAGCUUUGUGGAUAUGCUGAUAAAAUUCAUAAUAAUCAUGUUAACGAAAAUCCCAGUAAAAACCUUUUAGAUAACCUCUGCACAGGCCUCGAAAAAUUUCUCGGCUACGAGAAAGGGAAUUACACCGGUGAAGGCAUCGUGUACUCCGACCUUGACAGGCUCUGCGACGGGGUGAUGGCGUUCUUGCACGGGGUGCUUAGUGGAGUGAGGGAUGAUGGUGUGGAAGCUCCUUGGUGA